AGCUACUGCCACAAGAGCUCCUGCGCGAGUUUGACGGCAUCAACGCGUGUGCGCCCAUGGUCCGUUACGGCAAGCUUCCAUUCCGUGCACUCGUCUCCCAGUACGAGACGCACCUCGUCUGGACCCCCAUGAUGCUUGCCGCCGAGUUCAGCCGCUCCGCCAUCGCUCGCGACAGCGACUUCAGCACGUCCACGACCGAGCGCGGCACCUUCUACCUGCCAGAAGCGCACGCCGCUUCUCCUGUCGCCGAGUGGGACCCGUCGCCCGAGCCGUCUCGAGGGAUCCACGCGUCGCCGAGCGCGCGCUCGAAGCGCAUGCGCAAGGUCAAGGGUCGUCUCCUGAUCCAGUUCGCGGCCAACGACCCCGUGCAGCUCGCCGAGGCGGCAGAGCUCGCCAAGCCGUACGUCGACGGCAUCGACCUCAACUGCGGCUGUCCGCAAAAGUGGGCGUAUCACGAGGGCAUCGGCUGUGCCCUGCUCCGCAAGCCUGACCUCGUGCGCGACCUCGUCCGGACGACCAAGCAGCGCCUCGGGUGGAACUUUCCGGUCAGCGUCAAGAUCCGCAUCGACGACGAUCCUGCACGGACCCACGAGCUCGUCACGCAGGCCCUCGCCGGCGGCGCCGACAUUCUCACGGUGCACGGCCGUACGCGCCAUCAGUCGUCCGAGGGCCACCCCGUCAACCCGGAAGGGAUCGCGUUCGCGACGAGCUGCGCAAAGGGCGCCGUGCCCGUCGUCGCGAACGGCGACGUCUUCUCGCUGGAGGACGGCGAGGCGCUGAGGGAGAAGACGGGCGUGCGGGGCGUCAUGAGCGCUCGAGGACUGCUCGCGAACCCGGCUCUCUUCGCCGGCCACUCUCGGACACCCGACGCUGCCGUUCAGGAAUUUGUCCGCCUCUCGACCGCCCACGGCCUCAUCUUCCCGCUCUUCCACCGCCACACGUCGUACAUGCUCGAGUCGCGCUUCCGCACGAGGAGGGACCGCAUCGCGUUCAACGGGCUCACGAGCUACGCCGGCGUGCUCGACUGGCUCGAAGCCGAGGAGCUCGUCGGCCUCGGCGGUGGCGAAGCGGCGGCUCGAGGUGGGGUCGUUCGCUCGUUGUAGAUCUAGAGCUGCAGUAGAAUGUUGUCACACAGUAUCGCAUC